UCAGAUUGAAAAACCAAUCCAAAUUUUUCAUUAUAUCUCUUCUAGGAGCGUUCUAUUUCGUAGGGAUAAAUGAUAAACAUAUAGAGUACAAAAUUGAUUUUUUUUUCUUUUUCUAUUAAAUUACUAUAUAACAAUUAAAACGAAUAAAAGAGAUCCUCAAAUGUUUCUUAGUAAUGGUUGCUCGUAUGAUUUGGACUCAUGAUUUGAAACUAUGUAAAACAUGAAGUAGCUCAUUCUAAGCACUUCUAAUUGGUAUAUUAUAUAAAUAUAUGUUAGGUUACACACACAAAAAGUUGUUUUGCAUCAAUCUCAACCCCAAAAGGGAUAUUUUAAAGAUUAAAAAGGUCCGUUGAGCGCCGCAUGGCUAUGUCAUAAUAGAUUCGAACACUUGCCCCAGAUCGACAUCGAGAUAAUAAUUGCUCUAGUGAAUAACUAAAGAAAAUAGAUAGAUUAGAGAUAGAAAUAAUAGAAAUAGAAGAGAAAGAAACUUAUUAUAGAAAUAUCUCAAAUAUCUUUCAGAAGUUCACUAAUUAUUUAACUGUUGGCAGGUUUCUUUGUAUGUGUUGUCCGGAAAGAGGAGGACUCAAUGAUUAUUCGUUCGCCGGAACCAGAAGUUAAAAUUUUGGUAGAUAGGGAUCCCAUAAAAACUUCUUUUGAGUAAUAGGCCACACCGGGUGCCCUUUUCUGACGAAUCAUAUAGUUUUAUUAUUUCAUCACUAAAAAAGGUUAUUAAAUAAAUUAUAAUUACAAUUGAAACAAUCGAAAAGGAAAUAUGAGUUAAUAUAUGUUCUAAAGUUAAAAAUAUCAUAAAAAUUUGAAAAAGAGAGUCGUUUAAUUUCAUUACAGAAUGAAAAUAAGCAAUUUAAUUUUAUUAUAGAAUAUAUUCUAUCUCUUUUAGAAGAAAGCAUGCCGCUACUCGGAUUCGAACCGAGAUGCUCUAGCACUGCUUCCUAAGAGCAGCGUGUCUACCAAUUUCACCAUAGCGGCUUUAUCAAACUUAUAAUAGCCUUUUAUAAAUUAAUUGUCGAGAUUGAAGCAAUAAAUCUUAUUUAAUAUAGUAUUUUUAUAAAAUACUUUGAUUUAAUUGCUAAAUCAAAAUAGGAAGGUUCCCCAUUGUAGGAUGUCUGUUUUAUUUAACUUAGGUCUUCGUGCAGCUUAUGGUCUCUUGGAAAUCAACUAUUGUAACUAAAUAGUUCUACCCCAGGAUAUGGGGUAGAACUGAAAAAAACUUUCUUUUUUUUUUCUUUUUUAAUGACUCAUUAAAAUAAUUUCAAAACUAUGACACAAAAAUAGAAUUGACUUUGAAUCAUUUUAAGUUGACACAUAUUCAUAUAGAAUAUCUUAACUAAACAAAGAAGGAAACAGAAAAAUUAUUCUUCUACAUAUUUGAAGACCCAAAGGAAUUCCAUUUCAAAUAAAUUAGUUCAUAUCAUUAAAUAAUAGAAAUUAUUAAUUUUCUAUUCGAAAUAAAAUUGGCCAACUUUUUUCCUUAUUUGCUUAUUGCGCAAAAAAACUUUUUGAAUUUCCAGUUGAAAGGGAUUUUCCUAAGGAAAAGGCUUUUAACGCUGUCCAAUAUCCUUUCCUUUUCCAAAUAUUUUUACGAAUACGUUUUUUAGAUAUAGAAGUACGUUUUUUUGGAACUGCCAUUUUAUUUUAAAAGUAAGAGGUUUCUUAUUAUUCUAGUUGGAUGUGAAAGACAUCUGUUAUUCAGAAUCGUUUUUUACUAUAUUCUAGUAUAUUUUUUUUAGAUAACAUUUUAAAAAAUUAUAGACUAUAAAUAUGUCAAAAUCAAAGUAAAUUUUAUUAUUUAUUUCUUUAUGAUUCUUUUUUAUUCAAGUUGAUAUCUAUAUAAUUCACUGUGGUAUAGAAAUCAAAUUAGUUAAACUAAAAAAAAAAAAUACCACAAGAAAAGGGUCCUCCUUUUUUAUUUUUAUGUAAUAAAAUAGAAACGUUUAACAACUCCAGCUUUCCCAAAUAAAAAGCUUUAAUCCUUUAAAUUUUAUUAAUUAGUCAAGCUUGAGAAAAAAAAAUAUGGAUUGUUUUCAUUUUUGAAUUCGAAUGAAACUAGUGAUUAAUUAAAGUACACAUAGCUUGCUAAACAUAAUUUUUUAUCAAUUUUGGAUUUAUGUACAAAAAAAAAUAGAAAAAAAAGGUGAAGUUUAUAUAAAAGAAAGUAAGGGAAGGGGUAUUCUAGCCCUUUCUUUAUCUUUAAUUUUUUUUUUACUAGUAAUUUAGUCAUAUUAUUUGACUAACCGAAACUUCUGGAUUUGUAAAUAUUUCAAGUAUUUAGAAAAACGCAGAAAUAAUAAGUAAGAAUAGAAAAUUCUUAAAAUUAUAGUUAUAGUUUAUCUCUUGAUUUUUUAUUAAUCCUUUCGAAAGAAAUAAGAUCUGAUGAAUUGGAAACAAUUAAUUAAGAAUUUUUUUUUAUGGAACAUACAUAUCAAUAUGCGUGGAUCUUACCUUUUAUUCCACUUCCAGUUCCUAUAUUAAUAGGAGUCGGACUUCUUCUUUUUCCAAGGGCAACAAAAAGCCUUCGCCGUAUGUGGGCUUUUCAAAGUGUUUUAUUGUUAAGUAUAGCUAUGAUUUUUUCGAUUGACCUGUCUAUUCAUCAAAUAACUAAAAAUUCUAUAUAUCAAUAUGUAUGGUCUUGGAUCAUCAACAACGAUUUUUCUUUUGAAUUCGGUUAUUUGAUCGAUCCACUUACUUCUAUUAUGUCAAUAUUAAUUACUAGUGUUGGAAUUUUGGUUCUUAUUUAUAGUGAUAAUUAUAUGUCUCACGAUCAAGGGUAUUUGAGAUUUUUUGCUUAUAUGAGUUUUUUUAGUACUUCUAUGUUGGGAUUAGUAACGAGUUCUAAUUUGAUACAAAUUUAUAUUUUUUGGGAAUUUGUUGGAAUGUGCUCCUACCUAUUAAUAGGGUUUUGGUUUACACGGCCUGUUGCGGCAAAUGCUUGUCAAAAAGCAUUUGUAACGAAUCGUGUAGGAGAUUUUGGUUUAUUAUUAGGAAUUUUAGGUUUUUAUUGGAUAACUGGUAGUUUUGAAUUUCAGGAUUUAUUCGAAAUAUUUAAUAACUUGAUUUUGAAUAAUGAGGUUGAUGUUUUAUUGGUUAUUUUGUGUGCUGUUCUAUUAUUUGCCGGCGCAGUUGCUAAAUCUGCACAAUUCCCUCUUCAUGUGUGGUUACCCGAUGCUAUGGAGGGACCUACUCCUAUUUCAGCGCUUAUCCAUGCUGCUACUAUGGUAGCAGCGGGCAUUUUUCUUGUAGCUCGUCUUCUUCCUCUUUUCAUAACCAUACCUUAUAUAAUGAAUUUAAUCUCGUUAAUUGGUAUAAUAACAGUAUUUUUAGGAGCCACUUUAGCUCUUGCUCAAAAAGACAUUAAGAGGGGUUUAGCCUAUUCUACAAUGUCUCAAUUGGGUUAUAUGAUGUUUACUUUAGGUAUGGGAUCCUAUCGAAUUGCUUUAUUUCAUUUAAUUACUCAUGCUUAUUCGAAAGCAUUAUUGUUUUUAGCAUCUGGUUCGGUUAUUCAUUCAAUGGAAGCUAUUGUUGGAUAUUCGCCAGAUAAAAGUCAGAAUAUGGUUCUUAUGGGGGGUUUAACAAAACACGUGCCAAUUACAAAAAACGCUUUUUUUUUAGGUACACUCUCUCUUUGUGGUAUUCCACCCCUUGCUUGUUUUUGGUCUAAAGAUGAAAUUCUUAAUGAUAGUUGGUUGUAUUCACAGAUUUUUGCAAUAAUAGCUCUGUUCACAGCAGGAUUAACUGCAUUUUAUAUGUUUCGGAUUUAUUUACUUACUUUUGAGGGACAUUUAAAUGCUCAUUUGCAAAAUUACAGCGCAAAAGAAAAUACUUCGUUGUACUCAAUCUCUCUAUGGGGUAAAGAUUUAAAAACAAUAAAAAAAAAAAUGGACUUACUAUCCUUUUUAAAAAGGAAUAAUAAUGAAAGCACUUUUUUUAAAAAAACAUAUCGAAUUGAUGAGAAUGAAAAAAAGCUAACACCUCCUUUUAUUAUUCUUCGUAAUUUUGGUAAAAACAGUGUCUAUUCCUAUCCUUAUGAAUCGGACAAUACUACGUUAUUCCCUUUACUUGUAUUGAUAUUAUUUACUUUGUUUAUUGGAUCCAUAGGAAUUCCUUUCAAUGACCAAGGAAUUAAUUUGGAUAUAUUAACUAAGUGGUUAACUCCGUCUAUAAACCUCUUACAUUCCAAUUUGCAAAAUUCUUUUGAUUGGUAUGAAUUUCUAAAAGAUGCCAUUUUCUCAGUCAGCAUUUCCUAUUUUGGAAUAAUUAUAGCGCUCUUUUUAUAUAAACCCGUUUAUUCGUCUUUACAAAAUUUAGAUUUAAUUAAUUUUUUUGUUAAAAAAGGCCCUAAACGAGUUCUUUGGGAGAAAAUAAUCAAAUUAAUUUAUAAUUGGUCAGAUAAUCGUGGUUACAUAGAUGUUUUUUAUGCAACAUCUUUAACGGCAGGCAUAAGACGAUUGGCUGAAUUAACUUCUUUUUUUGAUAGACACAUAAUUGAUGCCGUUACAAAUGGAGUUGGUCUUAUGAGUUUCUUUGUAGGAGAGGGCAUCAAAUAUAUAGGGGGCGGACGUAUUUCUUCUUAUCUUUUCGUGUAUUUAUUUUUUGUAUUAGUUUUUAUCUUAAUAUUAAUUAUUACUUAAAAUUAA